CUAUCGUCUUCAGUUGGAUCCGCGGUGUUCGAAGCUCAACAGGGGUUCGCGAUCUCUCAAUUUCCACCCAGCUAAGCUUAUCGCCUACGGGCCGGGUUUCUAAAGUUUUUCUUCCUUGUUCUUCCCUUAUUUAUUCCUUGGAUACAUCGGAAAAUACACAUUCCAAAGUUUGUGAGACAUUUCUCCCGAUAAAUCUUUCCAAAACUUUUUAUUUUGUUUGAAAGCAGUGAUUUUUUCUGGUCAAGUGAAGUGACUUUCUAUGUAAUUGAUUAGACUCAUUGGCCCAGAGAGAUGGAGAACGAUGGCAAUCAGUGUAUUGCUUCACUGUGCCGACUCCUGGGUGUCAUCCUAUCUCUUUGCGUCAACAUAUCGUACAGUGGUGAUGACGAUAUGCUGUCGAAGCACAACGUGUCGGGUCUGAUGCCGCAGUUCGGGUCGGGUUCGGACACGGAGAACUACCUGCAGGAGUUGAGCGGCUUCUGGUCGUACAACGACACGACCGACCUGUCCAAGUACGAGGACUUUGACCACUCGCGCUUCCUGGACCGACCUAGCGACCGACUAGAGGAGGUGGCCGCCAUGACACCGCACACGCCCGUCCGUCCGACCAACCUGCGUCGGACCACUAGCAGUACGACCGAGGCGGGUCCGACCACUCGCUCGCCUAACAUGCCUCGGUUCGAUCGUACCGUCACAACUAACGUCACCGCGCAGCUCGGCGGCACUGCCUUUCUCAACUGUCGCGUCUUCAAGCUGGGUGAACGCACGGUAUCGUGGGUGCGUCGUCGCGACUGGCACAUCCUGACGUCAGGCGUGCUCACUUACACCAACGACGAGCGCUUUCAGGCCGUACACGCCGACAACACCGAAGACUGGAAUCUGCAGAUCAAGUACGUCCAGAAGCGAGACAACGGAACUUACGAAUGCCAGGUUGCGACCGGGUCGGGUACAAUAUCACACUACUUCACUCUGCACGUGGUUGUGCCGAAUGCCUACAUACUUGGCAACGGCGAAUACCACAUUGGAGAGGGCAGCACUAUCAGUCUUGUCUGCAUCAUCGAAAAUAGCCCACAACCACCGCAAUACGUGUUCUGGUACCACAACGAGCGGAUGGUGAAUUUUGACCCGCACAGCCGCGGCAGUGUCACGGUCACCAGUGAGGAAGGCAGCACGCAAAGUCGCCUACUUGUGAACAGGGCGAUUCCCUCCGAUUCGGGGAACUAUACGUGUAGAGCCUCCAACACACAGCAGGACACUAUUUAUGUUUUCGUCUCCAAAGGCAAGUCUAAAUUCGUAUAUCCAAAUACAAUAAUCUUAUGCUUUUUGUAAAUCGCAUGUACCGUAUCUCUUUUUUACUUUCCUUGCCCUAUUACCAUGCCCUAUUAAAU